AUGCUCUUUCGGUUGACACUCCUGGCUAGCGUCGUAGCGGUGGCUCUCGCCACUGAGCCGAUUAAGGUGGAUCGAAAAGUGCUCUUUCACUCACACAACGACUAUGUCCACCAUCGCCCGGUGUACGAUGCCUUUGAUCAUGGCGUUCUGAGCUUUGAGUCCGACUUUUGGUUCGAUGAGCACAAGAAAGCGCUGUAUGUAGCUCAUACGCCACUUGGUAUCGACCACUCAAAGACGUUCAACACGCAGACAGUCGACCGUGUUCUGAACAUUGUCCAGGGCAAGUACUCUGACAAGUACCCAGCUUCCAACGUAAAAAAAUUCUACGCCGAUCCCAAGAACCAGCCUACGGCCCACCCUGACUGGUACAAGUACUUUUCCGAAGGUUUUGGCGGUGUCCGUCCCAUCAUGAUUUUGGCUGAGCCCAAGACGUCCGCUGACCCAGACAUGUGGAAGACGGUGGUCGAUGCGCUCGGUGAACUUCGCUCCCAAGGUCUUCUCACUCGCUACGAGUACGGCAAGGUCCACUUUGGCCCUGUGAUUGUCGUUGGCACAGGCAACACGCCCUACUCACAAGUGGUCGCUACCCCUGUGCGCGACUAUUUCAUGGACUGCCACGCAGACGGCCUCAAGGACGAACACGGCCAAUUCCAAUACAAUGCUACUGCAUGCCCUAUCUCUUCGGCUGGCUAUCCCAGCGUCCCCCACUCGAAUUUGGGUCUCACGCCACCACCCAAGGCGGCUAUCCCCUACUUUGCCAAGUACACCUGCGAUGCGCACAUCAUCAACUCGACGGUUCGCUUUUACGGUGUCCCCAAGACGGCUGGCCGGAUCGACGACUUUAAUAUGCUUCUCCAGCAGGGCGCCGAUUGGCUCAACAUUGAUCACUUUGACGACGUCAAGCGGUAUAGCUAA